AUGCAGUCGGUCUCCCGGACGGCCUUGGCGGUGGCGGAGGUCCCCGGAGGUUCGGGUUCGGGGUCUGUUGUUGUUGCUGUUGUCGGUGCUUAUUCCGGCGCCGGCUGCUCCGGCUGCUACUGCUGCUUCCGCUACCGCCGUUGCACGGAGGCGGUGACGAAUGUGGUUGUGGUCUGCGAUCACUACCACCUUCUGAUCUUUCUGCUCCAACAACUCCGCCGCCACGAGGUCGACGCCUCCGCUGCUGGAGUUGCCAUUGCUCAUUCUGCUCAUCCUGCUUUUGCUGCUGCUGUUGAUGCUCUUCCUGCAGAUUAUGCUCUUCCAGAUCAUUAUGCUGUUGCUGGUGUUGUUGUUGUUGCUGCUGGUUCUGUGGCUGCUGGUGUUGUUCAUGCUUUUGCUGUUGAUGGUGAUAGUGGUGCUGCUGUUGACGUUGAUCCAUCAACAUCUCCAACUGUCGACGCAUCUGCCGUGCAUGCCGUUCACGCUGCUCUUCCAUCCGCUGACCAUGUGACACAAUCAGUUGUGCUACGCGCCUCCUGUUGA